UGGAGACACGCCCCUAGCGGGAGGAGGGGGGGCGCGGCGGCGCGCGCGCGCUUUCAGAACCCUCCCUGGUGACGUGCCUGGCCGAGGCCGCGCUAGGGCGCUGUUGCUGCCAGCGCCGCUGUCAUGGCGUCGGAGGCGCUGGCUGAGGAGCACCCGCCUUGGUCUGUAUAGAGCGAAGGGCGGGAGGCCCGGUAUGGAGAGCGGCCCCGAGAGCCUGCAGCCGCUAGAAGACAGAGUGGCGGCCGGGCCAGCGCCAGGGACAGGUUCUCUGCAGGAAGGGCGACCGGAGACCAGGCUUGCAGCUGGGGAUGGUCCUGGGGUAUGGGCGGCGGAGAGCGGCGGCGAGAAUGGGCAGGGGGCGGCGGCUGCCGGGAGGAGCCUCCCGGACUCGGCUUCUCCCGCGGGCUCUCCUCAGGUUCCCGGACCCUGCAGCUCCUUCCCGGGCUUGGACUUGAAGGGGAGCGCUUUGGAGAAUCUUGCUGCCGCCAAGCCGCCUCUGAGAGGGCAGCACAAGGUGACCGCCUCCCCGGAGACAGCCGAGGCCGGAGUCGGUCAUGGGUUGGGUCCGGCGGGAGACGCGGGAGCUCGCCCGGAUCCUGCCGGCACCUGCCGGGCAGAGUUGGCGGCCGCCGGCUCCGAAGAGCCAAGCAGCGCUGGCGGCUUCAGCAGCAGUUGCAGCGACCCGAGCCCUCCUGGGGAAUCGCCGAGCCUGGACUCCCUGGAGUCGUUCUCUAACCUACAUUCUUUCCCCAGUAGCUCCGAGUUUAAUAGUGAGGAGGGAGCAGAGAACAGGGUCCCAGAGGAGGAGGAAAGCGCGGCGGUGGUGCCCGGGGCUGUCCCUCUGUGCCGAGAGGAGGAGGCGGAGACCGCUCAGGUGCUGGCGGCCUCCAAGGAACGCUUUCCGGGACAAUCUGUGUAUCACAUCAAGUGGAUCCAGUGGAAGGAAGAGAACACACCCAUCAUCACCCAGAAUGAGAAUGGACCCUGCCCUUUGCUGGCCAUCCUCAAUGUUUUGCUCCUGGCCUGGAAGGUGAAACUUCCACCGAUGAUGGAAAUCAUAACUGCUGAGCAGCUGAUGGAAUAUUUAGGAGAUUACAUGCUUGAUGCGAAGCCAAAAGAAAUUUCAGAAAUUCAACGUUUAAAUUAUGAACAGAAUAUGAGUGAUGCUAUGUCAAUUUUGCACAAACUACAGACAGGCCUGGAUGUAAAUGUAAGAUUCACUGGUGUUCGAGUGUUUGAAUAUACACCAGAAUGCAUAGUAUUUGAUCUUCUUGAUAUUCCUUUGUACCAUGGGUGGUUAGUAGACCCUCAGAUUGAUGACAUUGUAAAAGCUGUUGGUAACUGCAGCUACAACCAACUAGUGGAGAAGAUCAUCUCUUGUAAGCAGUCAGACAAUAGUGAGCUGGUUAGUGAAGGCUUUGUAGCUGAGCAGUUUCUAAAUAACACAGCCACUCAACUGACAUACCAUGGAUUAUGUGAACUAACUUCAACGGUUCAGGAAGGAGAACUUUGUGUGUUCUUUCGGAAUAAUCAUUUUAGCACCAUGACCAAAUACAAGGGUCAACUGUAUUUAUUGGUAACGGAUCAGGGGUUUCUUACUGAAGAAAAAGUUGUUUGGGAAAGCCUACACAAUGUGGAUGGUGAUGGAAAUUUCUGUGACUCAGAAUUUCGUCUGCGGCCUCCUUCAGAUCCUGAAACUGUAUACAAAGGACAACAAGAUCAGAUAGAUCAGGACUAUCUCAUGGCAUUAUCUCUACAACAAGAACAGCAGAGCCAAGAGAUCAAUUGGGAACAAAUUCCAGAAGGAAUCAGUGAUCUGGAGCUAGCAAAGAAACUCCAAGAGGAAGAGGAUAGGCGGGCUUCUCAGUACUAUCAGGAACAGGAACAAGCAGCAGCUGCUGCUGCUUCUGCUUCUGCUUCUGCUUCUUCUGCUUCUGCUUCUACACAGCCCCAGCAGACCCAGCCAGCACAAGCCUCUCCAUCAAGUGGAAGACAAUCUGGGAAUACUGAACGUAAACGGAAGGAACCUCGAGAAAAAGAUAAAGAAAAAGAAAAGGAAAAAAAUAGCUGUGUCAUUUUGUAACAAACACUGGAUUCUGUUGGAACCACCUAUAUGUCUUGAGAAACAAAACCACAGGAGGAAAGAAAGAAAAACCGAUAAAUACCGUCUGUGCCUGAUUUCCCAAUGGAUUUUGUUCAUGUUUUUCAGGGGAAAGGUUGUUACUUAGUUACAAUCAGACUUUUUCAAGUCACACAAUACACUCUUUAUGAGCUGGAGUUUCAUGUUACAGAAGUUGGAAAUGCUGUGUGUUGUCAUUCAUGAAAAAUACUGCACUUGUAGCCAAAUAAGCAAAUCACAGCAAAUUUUGUGUCAUAGUGACAUUCAUUAACUCAUAUCAGUUAGUAAGCUAUUUUAUCUUCUGUUCUAACGAUGAAUGGAGGUAAUUGAUUUAAGCUGAUUCCUUCCUGAAAUUUAAAUAUUAGCACAAUAGUUUCCGAAAUUUUUACAAUGUUAAAUUAUGAUCUAACCCAUGAGAAACCAGGGGUUUAAUAUAGGAAUUUAAAAAGCAAAAACAAAGACAAAAAAUAGCAGGAAUAAAUAACCCUUAAUUGUAUAUUGGACUAGUUCAGCCCUUGAACAGCUUUACCUUUCUUUAGGAAUGUACAUUUUAGAUAUUACCUUGUGAACUAAUAAUGGAGCUAAGAUUUAAUUUAGAUAGAAAAAAUAAAGAUUUGUAUUUCUUUUCCAAUAGCAAAAAAUUACAUAACACUAUUACUUAUAACCUGUCAAAAUCAGAUAUUAAUGAUUUUGUAGUGUUGUAAAAUUUUGAGGAAUUUUGAAAUCUUUAAUAUAGGUAACCUGGACCACAGUUACUAUUUAUUGACAAUGUGAUAAGUGACUAUAAUAAGGAAACACAGUGGAUGCUAGGCCUUGUAAAUAUGGGGAUGUAGAAAAGCAGAUAGUUCAGUGUCUACCUUUUUCUAGAAUUACCUUGAACCUUAAAUUUUAAAUCAUGUUUAUUGCUAGAAAACUAAGUAUACUUAUUAAAAAAACAACAAAAAAGCACAUUUCUGAAAGGAAGUUAGAGAUAAUCUCUGAGUCUAGUGAAAAGACAAUAAAAAGCUGUUUGAGAGUAGCUAAGAAUUUGAAGGAAUUUAUGUAAAAGCAAUCAGAUUUUAUAAUUUAUGGGAACCAAAUAAACCUGUAACAUCUUAUAGUAUUUAUAGGAUUCAGAAAGAAUAUUUAUUUAACUUUAUUAUGAGGCAACACAUAUUUUCCUGUAUUUUUAGAUAUAGUUUAGAAAACUAUCCUUAAUAGUCCUUUUUAUAUGCUUUAUAUUUAAAAGUUUGUUUUAGUCAUUUUUGAAAGACUAUUGCUGCUGCAAGUAGUUGUGUGAUUUACAUUCUAAGCUUCCUUAAAUUUAUUGAAGAGCAUCAUAAUCUGACCUGAGCAUCCACUUGGAGAAUGUUUUUUGUGGUCUGGGGUGACAAAAAAGUACAUAAAAGUGUGGUCUAGAUUUUUUAAGCUAUGUCAUUAACUUUCUCCAUGAUCCAAGACCAGUUACUGGAUGAGUCUCUAUGUAAAAAAUAAAAUCUUAUUUAUGGAAGGAAUUAUUCUAAGGGAAAAAUCUAGGGUCAAGCUGUAUCUUUUAUGUCUUUCUAUAUUGCAUGUCUACUUAUGUUAUAACAUUUGUUAUUUCUCCAAAUUUCCUAUGCUAGCAUGAUAAAUCAUCAGAGAACCUGUUUGGGGUAUAAAACUUUGAUAGAAAAUAUUUGGUGAGUAUCUUGAUUAUAACCCAGAAUUUGUCUACAUUGGUAAAAUAAUCAGAUAUACUGCAGAACUCUGUUGGCUCAAACAGGUUGACUUCAAUCCAAGUUUAUUCUUGAUAUCACUCUAUUGGUUGAAGGAGGAAAGUCAAACCUCGGGGUUUGUUUUUCCCAGAACAGAUAGUAGUGAUAGUGAAUUAUAUUUUAAUAAUAAAAACAAAACAGUAAACCUUGAGAAAUUUUUCAAAAGCAUAGUUGAGGCAUAUUUUUUCAUAAUUAUAUGCUUAUCUAUUGCCCUUGAAAAAUAUAUGUGUAGAAGUUAUUCUUCUGUUAUUUGUUACUAUCUUCUUAAUUUGUUCCAAAGAUAAUACUGCCAUUCUGCAUUCCCUCUUGAAGGAAAAAAAACAAAAAAAAAAAACCUCAAAACCAGCAGUGCUGCUAUCAGAUAAGUAGAUGUCAAUGUAUACUUAUAAGAAAAAAACUAAAAAAAGUAAUGUGUUUGUUAAUUCAGCCUUUUUCUAUGUAAUAUUUCCAAGUCAGACUUUCUAACAUUCCUGGAAUUCAGUUUGAUAUACCAAGAGUAAUAAUGAUAAAAUGUUCGCUUUGAUUACUGUGGGGAGAAAAAUUACAUGUUCAAUUCUAUUAAAACAAACUUCUCAGAGAUACUGGUUUCCUGUCCUUGAGGGUUAUAAAGAAUUUAGAGCUAUUGUGUCUUUAUUUUUUUAUAUUUUGCUCGAGGUAAGUUAUAUAUUCAUGCAUUUCAUUGCUGGUUUGGGUACAUAGGAAUAUGUUAGUGGGAAUAUGUUAGUGGUAUAUUAAAGUCUUUCCUUCACAGUAUUUUGUAAUACUUGAAAAUUGUUACAUGUACACUGCUAGCAGAAGUUAGAAUUUAAACAUUUUUGUUUUUAAUAUUUAUAGGCUAGAUUAGGGGCACAUUUGCAGUAACCAAAUCACCAUUAGACCUAGCAAAAGAAGCAGAUGAAUGAAUGGAUAUGGUCACUGCACCUUCCUUUUACUUUCAAAGCCUAUUCCUUAAGGUUAGUGGCCAGUCUUUAUUAACAACAGGAAAAUUUUCUUCAUGUCUAAUCCCAUCAUAUCAACAAUGCUGUAACUUAUAGUAGAUUAUCCACACUUAAAAGUAUUUAGUGUGUGUAUGUUUCUGAUGCAAGUUUUCAUGACUUUUAUGAGAUUCUCAAAGGAAUCGGAACUUUCCCUCAAAUUCUAAGAAUCACCAUUUUAAGAAUACACACACACUAAGCAGUGUGGGGUCACUAACAUUGGCAUUGGCUGUACACUGGUCCGUGUACUUAGUUGAAGUAACUUCUUUCAUGUUUCAAGGUCAGGUUAGUUAGUAGUUGAAUGAGGCAUAGAUUUAAGUUUAGGAUUAGGCUUUGGAAUAUAUCUUUUUUAAUUGUCUUACAUGCCUAGUAUUUCACUACUUAUCCCAUAUUAUGUUUCAAAUUCUUCCUCAUACUUCUUGAUCUUGGCUUAACUGAGGAAGCUAGUAUCAGAUUAGUUGACUGAACCCAAGAUUAACCAUUUUGUACUUGUACAAAACCUUGUUAGCAUUUUGUUUUCAAUGAAUCAUAAACUCAGUUCACUAAGAGACAGAAGAUCAUGAGAGGAAAGAGAACUGGGAGACAAAUAAAUGUUUAAGAAAAGAAUAAUUGUAGUCAAUAAAUUAAUGUUAGCAUAUGAAGCAGAUAUUUGUAAAAUCCUGCUGGAGAAAAAUCUAGGCAAGAAUUUCCAGAACUGUCCUCACUCUCAUUUAUUUAAAUUUUCUUAAAGAAAGCAAAAAGCAAAUUGAUUACAUUUUGAUUAACUUUCCUAUUUCAUGUACCACUUAUUUUAAAACAUGAAGGAAAGCUUAUAGGCAUUACCUAUCACACAGUUCUUAGACAUACAACUUAUAAUUGUAAACUUACUAGUGUUUGAUAAGAUGGAGGCAUUAAAGAUAGUCUAUAAUUUACAUUUAAAGAAAUUGGACAUGUGAAAUUCUGAAUAAUUUUGUGUCCCGAAACCUGAAUUUCUGUCUUGCCUUGGGCAAGCUUUCUGUGCCUCAAUUUACUCUAUAAAUAUGUGAAGGAUGCUCUUUAUUAAAAAAGGGCAUAGUAUAAGCACAAAGUAUUUAAAUUGUCACAAAUAUCACACAUCUUUUGCUCUUGGAUGUGCAGACUUUUUUCCCCAAUGACAUAAUGUCUUAAGUCAGUUUUUUUUAAU